AUGGUAGCCGACAGCAGUACAUUUUUAUUGACCGUCAACUUCAAGCCGGGCGUGUUACGCCACGCGCUAGCUCUCCACUCAAUUAAAGACGACAGCGGGACGUUGCCGCGGUUAAUGUCAGAGGUGGUGAUGGCAUCCCACGACCUCGCUCACCCCGCGACCCUGACCUCCGACCUCCGACCUCUGACAUCCAACAGCCAACCAGACCUCGCCCCCACAAAAUAUAUUCAUGCACAUCCAACGUAUCGAUGGAUCGUUAAAUAA